GUUUUACAAGCACAAGAUCUCUUCGGGUACAAGUACUGCUUUUCUUUCCUUCCUUUUCCCCUCUUCCUUUCCACAUUCCAUCAAACAAUCCCACUUCCUCUCUACUUCCCUUUAAACGAGUGAACAAAGCACAUUCAUCAACUUCUUAUUCCCUUCUCUCUCUCUUCAUCAUGGUAGGAGCAACAACAGUAGGAGCAUCAUCAGGAGCACCAUCAGGAGCCACCUCUAGCGCACCACUUUCAAGCCCAAUCUUGGAGGCCGAGUACAAUUGUGCGACAUGCCUCGCCCAUUUUGACAGUCGUGAAGCGCAUAGGUCACACAUGAAGGACGAGUGGCAGUAAGUAGCGAGUAGCGGCGGGAAAUGGCAUAAGAACUAACAAUAUAAGCGUCUACAAUCUCAAACGCCGCAUCGCUUCAUUAACCCCAAUCUCCUCCAAAAUCUUUCACGAGCAAGUACUUCCCAUUGAAGGCUCGUCGAAUGAUGAGAAGGAGGCGUCAUUUCAGAAAUCUUGCAUUGCGUGCGAACAACAUUACUCCAAUCGCAAGGCAUGGCGGGCACAUCUCAAGUCACGCAGUCAUAUCCAGGCUUCUGCCAACCUCGACACAGAAACGAAGACCACGGAAGACAGUCCUUUCCUUGAGCAGCUUUCCCUAGAGGACCCCGGACCUGAAGCUUCAGAUGAAGAGGAAGAAUUCAAUCCAAAGCAAUGUUUGUUUUGCAAGAACGAGUCAUCAGACAUGGAUUUGAACUUGAAGCACAUGUCUCACGCGCAUAGUUUCUUCGUCCCUGAUGCAGAAUACCUCAUCCAUAUGGAAUCGCUUCUGAGUUAUCUCUUUACCAUUAUUUCCAGAUUCAACGAGUGCCUUCUCUGUGGAAGUGUGAAGAGCACAAAAUUCGCGGUUCAGGCUCACAUGAUCUCAAAAGGACAUUGCAAAUUUGAUCUGGAGGAUGACGAGAAUCAUUAUGAACAAUUUUAUGAUUUCGCCGGAGACUUCGAUGCAGAAGAAUCCACCAAAAACACAGUUCUCUUCCCAGACGAAGAUGAACUCCGUUUGCCAUCUGGAAAAAUCCUCGGAAAUCGAACAAGCGCUCGACCUCAACGUCCCCCAAAACGUGCUUCCUCCCCAUCUUCAAAGCAAAAGGUUCUUCACGAGUCCGGAUCCGAAGAAGCGACGGUAAAAGGAUCAAAGGACCAAAGACUGGUGAUGAGAGCUGGUACCUCUACGAGUCUGAUCGGAAUUCCUGAGGUCCAACAGAGAGCUCUAAUGGCAGUAGCGGAUAAGAUGAUGAAAACAGAGGCGAGAGCAAAGAACGAGUAUCAGGCACGACUUGAAAGGGGAGGGAAUAGACAGAAACGGUACAAGGUCGCCAGUAUGGGGAAGAAGGCUGGUGGUUUGGAGAAGAGACUAGGUUGAUAAUUUUAGGUGACG